AUGGCCGCGCCCGUCGUGUACCAGGAUGUAGCUCCAGGCGCAAACCUCCAUGGUCAGCUGUUCGCCGGAAAGAAGUUCUGGGUCGCCCAACGCGUCUUUUCCCGGUCGCGCUACUUGGAUCUAAUCAGAAGCAACGGCGGCGAGGUCGUUCUGCUGGAGAAGAAGGCCGAUUACCUCAUCGCAGACCACGUACGCCACGAUUGCCCGCCUGGAAGUGUUUCCUACACAUUCAUCGACGAGUCUAUUGAGAAAGGCGAGAUCCAAAACCCAGAGAGCCAUCGAGCAGGGCCUCCAGAAGGAACAGCGCGAGCACCAGGCUCGCUGAGCAGACCGGCAAAGGGUACCAGGGCUGCAUAUACCACAGAAGAGGACAGGGUACUCUACAAAUGGGUGCACGACCGCAUCAACGCGGGCGGACUAGCAAAUGGAAACGAGAUAUACAAGCAUUUGGAAAAGCAGAUACUACAACACAGGCCACCCUCUGCCUUCAACAUCCCAGAUAAUGCACCUCCUUCACCUCCCUCAGAUGCUCCCGCCGAGCCCGCGCCUGUACCGGCACAAACGUCAUCCACGAGACCUACAACGACCACUUCCGGUAGCAGCUCCAGGAAAGCAAACGGUUCGAAACAGAUAAACAGUGUUGAGUACACUGUCGACGAGUUGACAGCUCAAGGGUUGUUCGAGAAAGAGGACUGGGAGAUGCUCUACGCUUUUGCAACAGACAUUAGCGGCUGGGAGGGUGAUGAAUAUCGCCAAGGCUGGAGAAGGUGGGCAGAAGGUCGACGACAAACGGCAGGGCAGUGGAGGCAAUAUUUCGAGAAAGUGGUGUGGCCGCAAUGGCGUGAGGAUUCGGACGAAAAACACGAUGAGAUCAGGAUUCGGGUGGUUCAGCGCCAGGAAAAGGGAGACCGACAGCAAGCUAGUCAGGCAGAUGGAAGUGAAGGUCUGCCCAAGCAAGAUGAGCCGGAAGCCGAACCCUCCACUCCUGAUUCAAGGGCGCCGAACACAAAGCGAAAACGCACGGACCCAGACGACAACUUGUUCGAAUCAUACCUUAACGAGCAUCACAAUGGUAAAUCUUCCUCUGCUUACCUGGUGUUCGCACGAGAGAAGAAGUGGGCUCUCUGGAACGAGAGAACCGAUCUUUCAUAUGCUGGCCUGCACAAAAUCCUCGUGUCUCAAUGGGAUGCUCUUUCAUCCGAGGAAAAAGCACCCUACUUCGCACAAGAAGCAGCUGAAGCAAGUCGCACAGCGAACGAGACGGUCACACUAUCGUCACAGGUAUUUCUAUCUUCAUCCACUGUGGUCAAUGAGACUCCGAAGUACAUCGCUGAGGCUUACAACAAAACUUUGCAUCAGCUACGCGAGGGUUUCGGCACUCAAGAACCUUAUGUGGAUCGCCAGGAUAAAACAACACAUCCGACGAAGAGGCAGAAGAGCAUACCACCCAAUCUGGGCACUCCACAGGACCCUGUGGAGGUUUCAUCAGCCGGUACGGACUCACAAGAGUCUACGCAAGACGAGUUGCCAGAUUCUAGGCCGGCGGAGAGGUCGAUAGAUGAUGGCGAGGAUUCGGAUAUGGGAGGCUUGGAGGCGAUCGCACCGCCUCCGGGCGUGGCUGAAAAGUAUGCUGGAGACCCUGCUCCAGAUUCUCCAACGCCCCGCGCGCCACGCUACAAAGCUCCCUCAUUCGAUACCCAAGCUAUACUAUCGUCGCCAUCGCAGGGCGCUACUCUACACGCCUUGCCACUCCCAGCUCGCUUGACGCAAUUAGCGGAAGCAGAGGCAGAAGACAGCGGCGAUAAGCUAGUAUCCGAUGCGUCAACAACCGAGUCGCUCCAAGAGUUCAGCCAAAUAGUCAACGAAGACUCAUAUAAUCGCGGGGGCAUCAUGCCGCUCCCUCAGCCCCAUUGUUCGUCUCCACCUCAAUCACCAGCUUCUAGCAUCGCAUCAACAGGCUCUGGUGAUCCCGAUCCUCCUCUCACUCCUGGUGAGGUCGACGAAUACUUCGAAGAGCUCCACGCAGACGGAUUUCCCGAUGAGUUUAUCGCCUCCGCGCUGAAGCAUACGCGUUGGCGCCCAGAAUUGGCCACUGAGGUGCUCCAGGCUUGGAAAGAACAGCAGCCGGUCCCAAAGAAGAGGGGCAUAUGGAGUGAUUCAGACGACGAGGAGGUUGAGGGAGGGGAUGGCGCAGCAUUGGCACGGCUGGAAAGGAAACAUACGCUGGACGGGUGGGGUGGAGUCACGGAGCGGCUGAAUUUCUUGGCAAAGUAUAGAGAUGCUAAGGCAUGA